GAUUCUGGGAGGGGGCAGGCACAGUGGGGGUUGCUGCAUUGCAGCCUUCAUUUGGAAUCUAAUAUAUUAACAAUGGCGACUUCCAACCCCAGUAACAGUGGGAGCAGCGGCAGCAGUGCAGGCCCCGGGGCCCCAGGACAAGGCCAGCAGCACAGCACGACAGGCAACAUGCAGGGCAAACGCAAAGCACUCAAGUUGAAUUUUGCCAACCCAGCCUUUAAAUCGACCGCGAAAUUCACUUUGAAUCCCACCAUUCAGAGUUCACACAUGAUGCAGAAACCAGAGCCUAUCCGAAAUCUUGAGGCACCGUACCAAAAACAGGAAGUGCGGAUGGCUGUUGCGAAGACGUACAGCACAAAUGAUCAGGCAACUAAAAACAGGCUAGAAAGAUUGCGGACGCAUAGCAUUGAGUCGUCGGGAAAAUUAAAACUUUCUCCAGAACAGCAUUGGGACUUCACAGCAGAAGAUCUGAAGGACCUGGGCGAGAUUGGAAGAGGAGCGUAUGGAUCUGUAAACAAAAUGAGUCACAAUCCAAGUGGGCAGAUCAUGGCCGUUAAAAGGAUUCGAUCCACAGUGGAUGAAAAGGAACAAAAACAGCUCUUAAUGGAUCUAGACGUUGUGAUGAGGAGUAGCGACUGUCCGUAUAUUGUUCAGUUUUACGGGGCGCUGUUUAGAGAGGGCGACUGCUGGAUCUGCAUGGAACUUAUGUCUACCUCGUUUGACAAAUUUUACAAAUAUGUAUAUAGUUCAUUAGAUGACGUUAUUCCUGAAGAGAUAUUAGGCAAAAUCACUUUAGCUACUGUCAAAGCAUUAAACCACUUAAAAGAAAACUUGAAAAUAAUUCACAGAGAUAUCAAACCUUCCAAUAUUCUUCUGGACAGAAAUGGGAACAUCAAACUCUGUGACUUUGGAAUCAGUGGUCAACUGGUAGACUCUAUCGCAAAGACCCGAGACGCUGGCUGUCGACCGUACAUGGCCCCGGAAAGGAUAGACCCAAGCGCAUCCAGGCAGGGAUAUGACGUGAGAUCAGAUGUGUGGAGCCUGGGAAUAACAUUGUAUGAGCUGGCCACAGGUCGAUUCCCUUACCCGAAGUGGAACAGCGUUUUUGAUCAGUUGACGCAGGUAGUUAAAGGCGAUCCACCGCAACUGAGUAACUCAGAUGAGCGCGAGUUUUCACCAAGCUUCAUCAACUUUGUCAAUCUGUGCCUUACAAAGGACGAGUCAAAAAGGCCAAAGUACAAAGAACUUCUGAAACAUUCUUUCAUAAUGAUGUACGAAGAGCGCACUGUGGACGUAGCUGGAUAUGUCACUAAAAUCCUUGAUCAAAUGCCGGCAACCCCCAGUUCUCCAAUGUACGUUGAUUGACACGCCGCCAUCCUAAACUUUAGCGGAAAGGGCUGCGAGCAAAGAAAUUGCCGAGACAUCCCAUGAGGCGAUUGCCGUGCAGUUCCCCCCCCACCCCCACCCCCCUCGCUCGCUCCAGCAUCACGUGCAAUAAGAUCGGUGUUCGUUUUAUUUUAUUUUCCAUCGUGUCUGUAUGCUAUAGUCACAUGUAAAACGCAUCCCUUCGGAACCGCUGGGUUACACAGUGCUGGUGGACAAGAGGGCAUAGUCAUUGUGCUCUGUCCCUAAUCAAUGGAACUUUGUUUGACUGGAAGGCAUUCGAGAACCUCUUUCACCUGCCCCAUUUUGAAAGACUGCGUGGAUCGCUAAAAAAGGAUUUGACUUCAUUAGAUCUUGCAUCGUUAUAAAACCUUUCCCAUCUUCUCGGCUGGGAAAAGGCAAAGAAUAUGAAUUAUAUAUAAAUAUAUAUUUUUUAUUAUUUUUAAAAAAAUAAAAAAGAUUUUUCUUCACAAAGUGCAAUAGCUUAACCAAUUCUCCGCCAGGUGGUCUGUGACCGAUCAUCUUCUGGACACUCUAUUGUUUUAUGCCCUUCUGGCAGAGAAGGGGUUAAUUAUUUGAAAAUCUGUUCUGCUAUAUAGUUUUAUUAUGUUCUUGAGAGUGUUGGUUGAGUUUAUUUUUUUUUUUUUUUAAUUUU